AUGGUACUGAUCCCGGAAUUAAAUAUUGCACUGAUAACAAGCGGAUAUGCGAAAAGUCGAGAAGUUAGCAAUAUUAUCGGUGCAGUAUUUCUGUAUAAUUUUGCAGAUAAUAGGAACUAUAAAGCGAAGAAAUUGAAAAUUAAAGGAUUUAAUUCGCAAUAUUUUAUUCCAUAUGGAAUUGAUACAUACGUAAGUCGAGGCCGAGUAACUGUUUACAUCACUAAUUCUUAUCAAAAUAAUGAUACGAUUGAAGUUUUCCAACUUGAUCAGAGUCAUUUACUUCUUAUUCAUCGAAAAACGAUCAAUAGUGACAAAUUUCGAAACUUGGCAGAUAUAACCGUCGUUGGUGCUGAUCGAUUUAUUGUUACCAAUUAUGCUUAUUGCCGAAAACGUUGGAUGCAAAUUAUAGAAUUUGCUAUGCAAACAUCCUUUGGUUCCAUUGUUUAUUAUGACGGUCGACAGGGAAAUUACCUCGAAAAAUAUUUUCCAACACCAAAUGGAAUUGCUAUAAAUAAGCAGCAAAAUCGAUUGUACGUUGCCAGUACGAUUAAUGAAUUCAUACGAAUAUAUCAUUUGCGACAAGAUAUGUCAGUGAUAUUUGCAACCGAAAUUUCACUCCUUUCAUCACCGAAUAAACUAUUCAUUGAAGCUGAUACUGGAAAUAUUUGGGUAGCACUUCAUCCGGUAUUAUACAAAGCUCAUCAACAUAUACAAGAUCCGGUAAAUAAAGAUCAACGAUCACCAUCUCAAAUACUUCGUAUACGUUUACAGGAAAAUGAUAGCAGUUGGGUGAUAACAGAACCGUAUGCAAAUGAUGGAGCAACAAUAUCAGGCUCUUCCGCAGUUCUAUUUCACAAAAAUUUUUUACUUAUUGGUAGUUUAUUUGGCCGUGCAUUGCACUGUGAUAUUGAUACUUCUCAAAUUAUAUAA